CUCGAGAGCAGUCCAAGAUGGAAGACCACCAACAAGCUGAAAGCCCACAAAACCUCCCGAAUGCCUUCAAAAACGAUCGCGCUUCCUCACUGCGCCCAGCACCCCCGUGCUCAGCAUGGCGCACCGCCGCUCACCUCUACUUCCCCUUCAUCACCGUCGCCCUAUACAUGACCUUCGGCUCGCCGUUCAACACCAUACAAGCCAACAUCAUCUGCAUUGUCCUCUCUGCCAUACCAACAUACUGGCUCGCAUCUCUCUUCUACCCCACCGAUCGUCCUGAGCCGACUCCCAGACAAGCCGUCCGCUUCUCACGCAAGAGCGACAUAUACCGCGCCGCAAUCCUCUAUACAUACCGCUGGCUGUUCGGCACGCCGUUCAACCUUCAAUUUUUCCUUGCCGACUUUGCAACCACCUAUCUCAUCAGCGUCGCUAUUGCCGAGAGAUCUGCCGGGACACAGCAGCGGCGCAGCGAGUUUAUCGUGCAUCUGACAUUGGUUGCUAUCAAUGCGGUGCUCAUAUUUGUUGCUCCGUCUUUCCUGGGCCACAUACUCAGUUUGAUCGACAGGAUGAUCUGGCGCGCGGCUUAUAUCGCGCUAGUAGAUGAUGUUGUGGGUGUGUUGACGAGACCUAAUUUGAAGACACGGAAGGGCAAUGUCCUGCUGGUCGUGACGCAAGCAUUCACUAUCCUGCUCACUUCAUGGAUGCUGCUGCGCUGGAAGAGGGAUCUGAUUCUGUCAUAUCAGAAUGAUGAGGAGUUCCAGGCCGCGCUGGCUGGGCUGGAGCUAAAAGACGCAUCUGACGAUGUGGGGUUGGAUUUCGAGGAUGACGGUGAUCGAUUUUUGGUCGACGAUGAGGGGUAAUGAUGACUUGGGUGUACUCUGAGGCGAUGAGACAUCAGAUUCGUUUCGAUAGACUACUGGACAGGCGUCUGUAUUGAAGAAUACAACCGUCCUUCCGAGUUAACAUCACCAGCCGUGAGACAAUCAACAUAAGCAGCUUGAGGCGCCGGCAGGAGCCAUGAAUGUUCACGACUCUACCAA